AUUGAUCAAGGUAUCUCCUGUUCUCGCCUUUUCAUCUGGGUUUCUUUUGGUUUUUACUUUCUCUCUGUUUCCCGUUAUGGGUACUGUGUUUUUAUUGUUUUGAUGCGUUUUCGGGUUUUAAAGGUGUUUUCUGAGUUGGGUUUCAAUAGUUUUCUUCUCCUUUUUGCGUUUGGUUGCUGGGUUUUCUGUUUCAAAGGAUGUUUUAAUCAAAGCAUUUUAUAUCGAUAAAGGUACCUUUUAUUUUUCAGAUUUCUCCUUUUGCCUUCGUUCCGACUUUAUUUUUCGGUUUCCUUUUUGUUUUGAGGGACACUUUCUGAUUGUGGAUGCAAUUUUGUUUUGUCUGGUACGUUCACCACCUUUUGUUGUUUUCUUCCUCCACAACUCUCCCUUUCCUUUUAUUCCUCCCUCCGUUCAUGUUGGGUUUUCAAUGUUCUAAUGCAAUUUCAUUCCCGCUUUUUUUCCUUUACUGUUUAAGGUCCAUCACUGGUUUUGACUAGUAAAGAGGUCCUUUUUCCUUUCUUUCUCGCGUGGUUUGGACGGUAUUCAAUCUCUGUUUGCAAGAAUUUGGUCAAGGAAAGAGGUUGCAGAGAGGGGUUUGUAAUUUUUACUUUUUCUCUUCUCAUUCCUUGAUUGUUAUUUGAGGAUGGGGGAUCAUUUCGUGUUACUGGUGGAUCGGUUGCUUACUGAAUCCACACUAGAAGCUGCGAUCGAGAGCAGAAACCGAUCUUUGCAUUCCACACCCUCAGCAGUUGAAGACAUGACAACCCAAUUCUCUCCAGAUAAGAUGGACACAAGUCACGGAUCAUCUCCUAGGAAAUUGGUGGAGUGCAGAAUUUGCCAGGAUGAGGAUGUAGAUUCAAAUAUGGAAACACCCUGCGCUUGCUGUGGCAGCUUGAAGUAUGCUCACCGUCGAUGCAUCCAAAGGUGGUGUAAUGAGAAGGGUGAUACCAUGUGUGAGAUUUGCCACCAGCAAUUCAAACCAGGUUAUACAGCACCACCUCAAUUGUUUCGGUACGGAGGUAUUCCAAUGAACUUCAGGGGGAAUUGGGAGAUUUCCAGAAGGGACCUGCAUAAUCCUCAAUUCAUAGCAAUGGUUGCAACAGAUCGUGAUUUCCUGGAUCCUGACUAUGACGAGUAUACAGUUUCCACUUCUAGAAGCUUGAUGUGCUGCCGCAUAGUGGCUAUAAUUUUCAUGGUCCUUCUGGUUCUACGACAUACCCUUCCCAUCGUACUAAGUGGGAUAGAGGAGUGCUCGUUCCCAUUGUUCAUGUUGUUACUAUUGAGAAGUGUGGGAAUUCUUCUUCCAAUCUAUAUAAUGGUGAAAGCAGUGACUGCUUUACAACGCCGUCGCCAACAACAGGAGAUUCCUACCUUGAUUACUACAUCUGAAGGAGAAAAUCAGCAGCCACAACUGCAGCCUCAUGCGCAUCUCAUUCGUGUGCACUAAACUGCUUCAUUGGUAGAACUUCAAACAAACUGAUGACAAGUGGUAAUGGAUAGUAUCUGAUGAUCGUCAGCUACUCAGGAAAGCUCCUGCUUAGUUGGCCUCAUUAAUUAUUUGAGAAGGGACAACAAUUGUCAUCAGCUACUACCAAUUAUCUGAUGAGAAAUGGAGAAUUGUGGGUAGAUGCCUUGUAAAAAAUGCAUACCAUGAUAAAGAAAGCAUCUUGCGUGGUGUCUGAGAUCAAACCAGUCGGCAAUCCCUAAGCAAAUGAGUUUCAGUUAUAAUGUAACUAGCUUUUUAGAUGUAUGAUGUCUUCAGAUGACACCAUCUGAAAAAUACAUGUAUAGAAAGGAAUUGUAUAUAUUAAUAUUGCUUAAAAAAUAUUAAUCAAGCAAUCAAAGAUGAAAAUAUGGUUGGGUAUGGAUAUUCUGUGAUGUUAA